UGUGGCCAAGGCAGAGAUUCCAGAAACAAAGGCUGAGGCUGCCAAGCUGCUGCUCUCGCCCUGGUCAAAGUCAAGGUCCAGUCAGGGCAGAUGACCUCGGCCCUGCUUAGGAUUGGACAUGAGUCCUGCAGUAGCCCCAAGUCAGAUUGCGUGGAAAUAUCUAGAUAAAACCUGAAAAGGUGACUGUGCACCGCUGGAGAAGCCCCUGCUGCCAUGAAACUCUGACAGGGCCUCGCUUCUAGUCCACCAGCUGAGCAACGCUGGAGCCGUCACAUUUGGACUCAUUCAGCUCUUCUUCCCGAGAAUGACUGAUGUGUGGAGAUUGGCCAUAUCUGUUCUCAUGGCAAAUGUUCUCAAUGAUCAAUUAGGCUGCUAUGGACCUUCAAGGCCUUCAGGAUAUUCAGGAAUUAGAGGGCUUCCUGGACCUCCAGGUCCUAGAGGCCCUCCUGGACCUCAAGGUGUUCCGGGAUUUUCAGGCUUACCGAGAUCCAGUGGCCUUUAUGUAAUAUGCCCCUGUGGGAAAAACUCAGCCCUCAGUGUAAAGUUGAGUGGACGUCUUCCUGAAGCAUCCCAGCCUAUCAUCUUCACGGAGAUCUGGCACACUGAUCAGAGGGACGUUAAAGAGGACAAAGGCCUGUUUGUCUGCAAGGUGCCUGGGAACUCCUGCGUCAGCGUUGAUGCGGCGCUCCGUCACGGCAAGCAAAUUCUUGAAGCAAUAUGUUCAGAGAGAAUAUGACAAAUUGCAGUUAGAGAAAAGGGGAGAUGGAGAGCAAGUAGAUGCCUCAGCCAAUGUGAGCAGGUGUCUGGAUUUUGGCCACGUCUGUGUGAAUGGCUGUGAUGUGCUCUGGGGAUGAAAACAAUACUGUCAGUUGUGGAACGAGAGGACCUCCAGGUCCCCAAGGGCUUCCUGGCCAGUGAGAAAAAUAACGAACGACUGUCCCCAUCACCUUCCGUGCUCCGGGAUUUGAGUUUCCCACAACCCAAGCUUUUGAAAGGGCUUGUCUUCUCUAGCAGAGAGCAGGAGGAGUACGUGGCAGCUGUCUAAUAAAGCUGAUGGUUUCUGGAGACAGUGUGUCCCAAACUGUCCUGGUGCCAUGGCCAUGGGGAGUGUGAACAUCCCACCAGUUUGAUAAUAACAAAGGAACCUGUGAUAAAGGCCCACAAUACAUACCUAAUCACCUUUCCUCAUAGCUCCAUUCCCUAGCUUUCUAUAGUUCUUCCUUACAGACUCCUAUAUGGGUCAUGGAGUGACUUGCUUCCCUACUGGAGCAGUGGGAAGCAGAAACCAAGAGGACAGCAAGUGAGGUGAACUGGCCAGCCUGGGGGGGGGGGUUCCUCUCCCCCAAGUGACCCAUUUCCUCCAUCAACAAGGUUGUACAACCUUGCCAAACAGCACGACCAGCAGGGGACCAGGUAUAAAAACAUGAGCCUCUGGGGAACACUUUACAUUUAAUCCGCACCACCUUGCAGAUGGAAUUCAAACACAGGAAAAUGAGACAUGGUAGGGCCCGUUCUGUUUUACUCAAGCUCUCACACUGCCAGAGUCCAUUCCAACUAACUCAGUUGGUCAAUAUUUGCUUUUAAUCUACAAUUAUCUAGAGCCACAAUCCUAGCCCACAGCAGAGGUUACUGUCUUAAUCUUGGCUACACACUAAAACUCCCAACCAAUUCAAGGAAAAGCAAGUGAUGGUGGAGCUCGUCUUUUGAAGCUUUCCAGAAAUUCUGUCAAGUAGUCAAAGCUGAGAAACGCCGUUUUAAGCGAAUCCGAGCUACCUAAAUCCAGGAGCCUGCCGCUUUCCUUUUGACCGUGCCCUGGGCCAGGAUGGCCCCGGGUCCUAGGUGGUCCCUCCUCCUCUACAAGGCCAUCCUCAAGCCCCUGACCCAUCAACAGCCUUGGUGAAGGUAGAAAACAGGCUGGCGCGAGAGUGACACCUUGUGGUUCCCAAGUGAAAUUGCUUUUCAACUGGCACAUUCCCUGGACUAAAAGUCAUGGCAGAGCCUGCGCGGGAGGAUGCUCCGCGAACUGAACUGAAUUCCUGGGGGCCUCGUUGUCUCAACAUUGGCUUUUGUUUUAUCUGCCCAGCUGUUCCCACACCCUAGAGAGCACCUGGCAUCAAGCUGCACCCUACACCGGCCUGCUGCCAUUCAUUGCCACUGAGAAAGACACACAGACUGGCUCUGCUAGACCAGCUGCGCAGGCGCAGGCAGAGGGAGGCAGUGUUUGAUUCUCGCCUGCCCACGGGCUCGACUUGUUUUCUGUGCCCGCACCGAUGAUGUCGCUGCAGCUCACCCACAUGCCAGCGCGUUGAUGCCCAAGGCUUCUGCCUUCAUCUGCUCUGGCUGCAAUAACAAA